AUGAAAAACGAUUCUGACAUGUAUUGGUCGUUGGGUUAUGCCAUUUUAUCAUAUUUGAAAUUUAAUGCUCAUGAAACAGAAAUUUCAUCUUCAGAAUUUGAUUCAGCUGACAUAAUAAAAUUUAUCGAAAAUCUUGACGAACAUCCAAGUAUAGAAAAAUUUCCAAUUCGACCAACAACCGCAUCAGAAAAAGAUCGAUGCCCCUCAUUGAUACGUCUAAUCCAGCUGAGAUGUGUUUGUCGUUCGCCUACCAUUACUGACACAUCUGAGUUCUAUAUUUGUAAAAAAGAUCGAUGUUAUAUGCGUGUUCAUACAAGCUGUAUGGAAGAUCACGGUAGAUUGAACCAUUUACAAAUAUUACAUCUUCAAAAAUAUACAAAUCCCGAUGAAGAUCUGAAUGACUUGACCUCGGAUAAAAAUAUUGAAUCCACUGAGCCUAUUGAGGAACUUCAACAACCGAGACGUAGUAAAAACAAGACAAAGUCGUCAAUAACAAUUUUGAGAGAGAAAAAAAACGAAGAACCACUCGAAAAACGAAUAAUUACCUCUCCCACUAAAUCACAGUUUACCAAAACUUGGACUCAAAAUUAUGAGUAUGAUGCAGCGUCCGGUGAAGCAACAGAUAAUUUUUUCUUUGAUGAGCAUCAGUCGAGUCCUCAAGUGAUCACAACAUCUUUAAUCUUCGAUAUGGCUAAAACGUGUGGCGAAAAACGUAUAAAAGUAGCAGACUGGUGUUUUCAAUGUGAACUUGAUUGCCUGAUGAGUGACGUUCGGUCGCCUGGUGCAACAAUUCAGCCUGAUGCUUUUAUUAGCCGAUUACGUUAUGUUGAUUCGAAAUAUGUCGUUGGUAUUCAGCAAGAUGCAGAAGAAUUUAUGGCUCAGGCUUUUGUUACAAUGACGUCAAACGAUACAAAAAUCUGCAUGAUAAUGGAACAUCCUAAAACUCUUGAUAUUGGCCCGUUUAUUGUACCAGAAGAUCAGUCACAUUCGUCAUCACGUUACACACUCUAUGGAAUGGUAGUACAUCAGGGACUUUCGAUAGAUAGUGGUCAUUAUUAUACCUAUGUUAAAAGUAAUAAAGCCUGGAAGUUAAUCAAUGAUAAAAAUGUGACUGAUAUGAAUAUGUCUGAUGUUUUGAAAGCUGAUAAACUACCGAAUGACUCGACUUCCAUGGCAUACUCAAAUGCUUAUAUUCUGUGUUAUGAACAACAGACAGAUGAGAAUUUCGAAAUGGACUGUACAACUGAAUAUACAUCUACUACAAAAGAUCAAAAGAAAGAAACGAGAAGUUUGAAUAAUGGAAAUGUGACUGACAAUCAAAAAAAUGAAAAACUGUUUAGUAAUAGUCGUGCUUCAAUUGAAAAUGACAUGGUUAACAAUAUUUUUGAAAGACCUACGAAACAUGGUUUUGACGAAGAAGAAUUAAACAGUGAAGUUACUGAAUCUUCUGAUAAGACAGAUGAACUACCUAUUCGAAUUAAAAUAACAUCGAGUACAUUUCAAAACGAACAUGACAGCGCCACCACUACAAGAUGCAAAGACACUCUGUUGACAACUAAAACAGCUUCUGAUUUACUUGGCGCCAACGUCAAAAAAGCGUUCAAGUGUGUGAUUGAAAAACAUCAUGAAAUUCAAAUGAAUCAGUUCGAUUUGAAAAUACUAUUGAAACAAGAAGAGACAACCGAUAUUGUGAUGGAUGAUAAAUUUAUUGACAUGACACCUGCUGAUGAUGAAUAUGAUGUAUCACAACUUCAUACCAAUGUACCGAAUAUUUUCAAAAUAAAAAAACAAUCAACACAAUUUUCUACUUGGAUCAGUAAUGAAGAAAAUAGUCUAAACUCAGUUGAGUCUUCUAUAAAAAGUGAUAUGGUAAAAAUAUUCGAGAAUGUGUGUCGAAGUGCUGAUAAAUAUGAACUAGUCACUACUAAAUCAACUAAACCAAAGAAAAAGUCAGCUGAUAAUGAGUCUCAGUUAUCUCCAUAUGAAAAGUUUAUUGUUCGAUUUAACAAAUUAUAUAUGGGAACAGUCCACAUGUGGAGCAACAUUCUUCUAGGUGAUUUACAAAGGUACAGAGAUGGAGCCGAAUUAGAUGAAAAUGAUAAAAUUGACCACAUUCAAAGAACAACAGGGUCAAGCGAAAAGAGGAUGUGGUUUCUGAAGAAUAUCGAAUUAAACAAAAAGAUUCACAAGGGACUGGAUAUUGUUAUUGAUGCCAUUUGUAAAGAAACUAUUGCUGUGCAGAGAACUGCCGCUUUGCAAAUGUACACAUCAUUAUCAAAGAAGUACAAAAACAUUGAAGAGCGAUGGAACAAAAAGAAACAUGGGUAUGUUCCAAUUGUUCAAUUGAUGGAAAGAGAGGAGAUUGAAUUUCUCAAUUAA